UUGGUGUUGAGGAAGGAGAGAAGGGGGUAGUUUUUCAGAUGUCAUGAGCUGUCUGGUUGGCUUUUUGUAGUGCGUAUGUUCUUUAGUUCCUCUUCCUCUCUUUCAGCCGGAGUCAAUGGAGGACCAGGUGGCGGUGCUGACGGAGAUGCGGGUGGAGUGUGAGCUGAAGAUGAGGAAUGAGGAGCGAGACAAGAGGAAAGGGAGGGCGGGAACACCGAUCAAGUCUUCCUCCACCGACACCACCACGACAGCGGAUGGGGGAACCUAUACCAGCUCCUCCACCCCCAACGCCGCCCCAAGCGACCCUUUAGUACCUCCUGGAUUUGCCAACUGGAAAGAAAACGAGGAGCAUUCUGAAGGGGAUGACACUGAAGUAGAAAACGGAGGUCGAGGCCUCGGCAGUGUGAAAGAAAACGAGUCUGUGGAUGGUUUCUGCCCCACGACCUUCGAUAAUAUAUACUGCUGGCCCAGGACGGCUCCAGACAAGAUCGUGACCAUCCCAUGUCCUGGCUACGUUAAGAACUUCAUGCGAGGGAACAAUGCUACACGGUACUGCACCUCCGAGGGCACGUGGUACACCCUUGAAGGUACUAACCAGACGUGGACCAACUACAGUCAGUGUUCGGCCACGCUCGUCGUCCCGCUGGUGAUGAACUCGACGAUGGGAAUGUGGGUGCCGGUGGUGAGGGUCGUGUCUCUAGUUGGCUACAGUGUCUCCCUCGCCACACUCUUGGUCGCCUUCUCCGUCCUUGCGUGUAUCAAGCGCCUGCGAUGUCCUCGAAACACUCUUCACAUGCACCUCUUCCUCUCCUUCAUCUGCCGGGCGAUCGGGGCGCUGGCCAGGAACAACGACAUCAACGACAUCAUCGCGUUGGAGCCUGACUCAGACGGCGGGACGUGGGGUUGCCGGCUCUUUACGUCACUCUGGCAAUAUUUCAUCCUCGCCAACUAUUCCUGGAUCUUGAUGGAGGGACUCUACCUGCAUAACCUGAUCUUCCUCGCCCUCUUCACCGACAACUCCGCCAUCACCCUCUACAUCGUCCUGGGCUGGGGUCUGCCGCUCAUCCUGGUGGGGGGCUGGGUGGUGGCGAGGGUGGCGGUGGAGAACACGCUCUGCUGGUUUACCCACGACCAUGCCUGGGUUUUCUGGACCUUCGUAAGAGGGCCUGUGGGUAUCUCAAUCUUGGUGAGCUUCGCGCUGUUCGUAAACAUCGCCAGGGAGUUGCUGCUCAAGUUGAAGUCCUCGACCACUCCGGAGAGCCGCCGCUGCCGCUACAGGAGGUGGGCUCGCUCGACGCUAGUUCUCGUCCCGCUCUUCGGUGUCCACUACGCGAUGCUCCUCGGCUUCACCUUCUUCAUGGGCAAGAACUCCACCAUCGAGAUCAUGUGGCUCUUCACCGACCAGUUCUUCGCCUCGUUCCAGGGCUUCUUCGUGGCAACACUGUACUGCCUCUUGAACGGGGAGGUGAGGUCGGAGCUGCAUAAGAUUUGGCACCACUGGCAGAUGAACAGCAAGACGGAGAAAAGCAUCAACUUCCACUCCGCCUUGUCGCAGUCUAGGACAUACUUCAGCAGAGGCACCGGGGCUCCCUGGGCGUCCGCUUUUGCGUCAGGGAAGCGGAAGGAUGGCUCGGCGGCGGCAAGGAAAACGUCAGACGAGAUGGGGAUGUCGCGGAUGGAGAAGACGAAUGGCUCACCAGCGCAAGCCACCUGCCUCUCCGUGCUGGACGAUACCCAAAACCAGGUUUCCCUCACAACCAGCCUGGCCGUUGUGGAGCUUCAGCCGACCCCUGACACCAUCAACUCCACCACCACGCACCUGCAGGAAGCGGCUGAUAUAUGCGCGCGUGGGAUGUCGCCGGAUGGAGGAGGAGGAGGAGGAAGAGGAGGAGGAGACAAGGCGUGCGUUCUCCUCUUGCAGCCUCUCUCCCACGUCACCCACGACCUCAUAGACAUGGACUCCUCCCCUUUGAGGCAACACGCAGGGGAUCAAAACUCCGACUCUAUGCUUGGGGAGAUGCCGCCAAUGUCAAGUAUACUCUACGAUACCCCUGGGGACUCCUGUGAAGGGUCUCCGCUGCUCCCAAACAUCUCCACCUCUUCCCACCCCUCCCACACGGAGAGCACCUUCUGAGGCCCAUGAGGAGAAGGCGCCAGGCUCCUUCCUCCUAGGCAAUGCGUUCUGUGUUGAUUUCCCCUUUGUAUAAUUACUUAAUGGAGACGAACUACUGCAUGUAACCCUUUGUGUUGUGAGUGUUUCUAGUCGCUUAAGGAUAUUCGUUUGCAGCGCUGUGUGUUGCUGCGGACUUGUGUGUUGUUUUCCGUGACCUCCAGUACCGUGACCCCAACAGCGACUUGAUGGCGUGGCGUUAACUAGAUCCGUUUGGUGCGUCUAAUGAAAAUGAGAUUCCCUUCCUGGUCCCGAGGCACCUGAUACGUAAGUCACCGAGUGCUUGAGGCGCUUGAGUCUUGAUUGAUUGGGUGGAUCAAUAUUCAGUGUGUGUCGGGGUUCACCUCCAAACUAGGUCACCUGCACGCCAUCUCCGGGACGCCUGAAAAGAAAGUCACAAUCAUGAGUGUUCGCGGUUUUUCAGUGGUUGGCGGACUGAUUGUGUUCGAUCAAUAUCACCCGUGUGUUGGGUCACCAUAAAAGUGGAUCACCUCAAAAGUGAGCCACCUGUACACUACUUUACCUGAUCAUUGAUUAACUUAGAGGUACAUCAUCUCGAAGGCGUACAAAAUCACCAGAGGAUGAGGUCACCUGACGCCAGAGUCACCUUCCAUUAACGUCACUUGUGUGUUGUCACCUGAUAAUUAGAUCUCUCGAGAGCUCGGUCGAUCAAAGGGAGAGGAACUAAUUGUUUUCCUCCUAUAAUUACAGGUACUCGUGCUCCCAUUACCUGCGUCCCAUUCUGCCCAGGGCCGUCGUCUUAACAGAGGAAGGUAACCGAGAAAAACACGAGGUAAUUAGCUGUUUGGAGCUACGAGGCUUCUGUUUCACUCUCAUUAUAGAUAGAUGACAAAAAAGGCGCAUUCCGAGACUUAAACUUUCGGGGCAAAAACGACGAGAUAAAUAAAAAAGAUAACAAAUGGUUUGAAUCUGUACGCAGCUUCUGCUUUCCCGAGGCGUGUUUAUGGAAAAGUAAACUUGUAGCGAGGCUCGAACCGUCUGAACAAAAGCACAAACUGUUGGUAGGAAGCCGUGACACUCUGAGCUUUGUGACUAAGGGCCAUAUUUAGGGCAGGCGGCAUCAGCGUACACUUACCUGGGCUAUAACGGGCUGGGGCCGACCAUCAGGCCCCACCAAGAAAGCCUACCGGUGCCAUUGUAAAAAUAAAAAAUAAAACUUUCCGAUGUCCAAUUAAGUACGUAUAUAUAACAGGCCUUUCGUGGGAGCUGUGGGCAUUUCCAUGAGUAGUUUUAUAACCCUGAUGGUAGUUUGACAAGGCUUCUGCACCAUGAACAUGAAACAAACACUCAUGAGAACCUAAUUACUGUUGCUGUGAGCGGCGGAACUGUGAGAACACAAACCUGAAAGUGCUCGCUAAUCUGUAUAAUCCAGUCCACUCACCUGCCCCGCGCCGCCUCACCGCAGUCGCUCGCUGGCACAAAUAAUCAAACCUAAGUGUAAUUAUAUUUUAAUUUAGCAACAAUUUGACGCCCCGCACCCAGCCGUGUCGCGCCGUGUGACAAGCAGCGAUGCGAGGAGCGGAUGACGAGGCGGCGGCGAGGCCCUGCCGUGCUCGCCUCUAAUUGCAACUGAACGCGUCCGUAAUGAGAUUUAAUGAUAAUGAGAUGAAUAAUUGGUCCAGGAGUGGAGUGGCCGCCUUCUGGUUAAAUGCGUCUGAGUGACUUUUCUGUCAAGUGAGUAAUGACAUGAAUAGUAUGUGAUUAGAUUUGUUUUUUAUUUUACAUUCGUGUGCACUGAGAGGGGAUAUGUGUGCAACUAUGUGUGUAGCCGGUGACGGUGACUGUGCCGAGUCGUGCUGCACACUGACUGAUGUUUGAAGUGUGAAAUGCGUCUGUGCUGAUGAAAAUAGAUGAAAAGCCUUGACUUGCAACAUUAACACGUGACAGAAAGAAUCAGAAUACGCAGUUUAUUACGAAAGAAUACUUGAAUUUUAAGGGAAAGUGACGGUGUAAAAGUUCCAGACAUGUUUAGAGUAUUAACUGCAUUUGUGUUUGCUGAAAAUAUAUAGAAAGCAUUGAUUCACAACGCCAAAAUGUUACUUAAAAAAUCAGUUGACGCGUUUAAAGAAGAAAGAAAACUUGAGGUCGAAUCAAAAGUGUUGCUGUGUACAUAUUGUGAAUAGUGAUGGACAUUAGUUAGUGUGCGAAGGUAUAUCUGAGAAUCAAAGAAACAAUUGACCCACACUAAUAUGGGACCGGGGAAAUCAAUCAACGACUCUAUAUAAGAAUGAAAACCUACAAUCAAAUACGAGUGUCUGGAAAAUGAUGGAACACAAAGAAAGAAUGGAAUUUAAUGUUCGAUGUUUGAUGAAUACUUAGCGAGACAUUUUUACUUCAGACAUUUCAUCGUAAGGUGUGUGCGCUGUUCUUCCUUUUAUCGUGAAGUACACCAAAGUAUAUAUAUUUUGCGCCCUAUUUUUUUAGCCUGCAAGCCGAAGUAAAAAAAAGACAAAGAGAAGAAAAACGAGAGCAGCAUCGGUUCAUCGUAUCAUAACCGGGAAAUAUUACAGCAAAAAAUACGAGGGAGUUUUUCAUGAAUAUUUACGUUAUGUGGUGGUACUGCACUUUGCCGGGAUGUAAUUACCGUUCGCAGGUAUUUUACGAGGUGAGGCGUAAAGAGUGAACAAAAAAACAAAAAAAUAACAAGGGAGACUUUGUGGUUUGUAUAUUUCUUUCUUUCAAAAUGAAUUACUUUUCGUUUACUUGACUUGUAUAACGUUUCUGUGGUGUUUAUUAUGCUGUUAUUCAUUAUUAUUGUUGUUUAUUAUGAUUACGAUUAAGGUUAUUAUUGUUGUUAUUUCUGUUGUUAUUGUUAUCACAGUUUUAAAAAAGGUACAAUUAUCAUAACUAUUACAACUACC